AUGGUCUCACCAAGAAGGGCGGUGGUACAUGCAGAUGUUGGUGUCGAUGUUAAGCUUACUGAUAUUAUUGUUGGUUCUGACGAAAGGGUAGUAAUUGUCACAUCGAGAGAGGGCCCAGACCAUGAGCUUUUCCCAGCUCAGGGAGCACUGCUGCACAUCCAAACUCAUAUUGUAGACCUUGGCCCUGACAAGGAUAACAUUAUCACAACAAGACUACUUGUACCUUCAAGUGAAAUUGCUUGCUUUGAGGGAAGAGAUGGAUCACUAUCUGAUAUACAGAGACAGACUAGUGCAAACGUACAGAUAUUACCAAGAGAGGAUCUUCCAUCUUGCUCUCUAGAGUCUGAUGAACUCAUACAGAUUGUCGGAGGGAUUAGAACCGCUCGGAAUGCUCUUAUGCAAGUAACUACAAAUUUAAGGAGUUACCUAUACCGUGAGAUGUCUGGUCCUAUUCAAGCUAGCAACAGUAAUGUACAUGGAUCCAUUUCUCCAGCAAUGGGCUCGCCUAGAGGACCAUACCAGGGAAAUGAUUUUCCAAUGGCGUCUUACCAACAAGCACCACAACUGACAACUUCAUGGCAUUCGAAGGAUAAUGGAGGCAGUGCAAGUGGAUCAUUUGAGCUAGGUAGCAACAUUAGUGAUGAUAUCAGGCAAAGUACUGCAAAACGAUUGGCCGUUCCUCUAGUGACUAGAAGCACAUUAGAAGUUGUCAUACCAAAGAGUGCUGUUGCAAGCCUCACCAUGAGGGCUGGUAGCAAGCUUGCCCAAAUAAUUGAGAUGUCUGGUGCCACUGUGACGCUUGCUGAAGAUAGACCUGAUGUCAUUGAGAAAGUUGUUCGAAUAUCUGAUACCCCCGAGCAGGCUGACAAAGCUCAGAGUUUACUGCAGGGAUUUAUUCUCAGCAUGACGACAAGCCGGAUGAAGAAGCCGGUUCUCCAAAUCGACCGCGUGACUAGCCUGUGGAAAGAGGCCGACGUCCCCAUCUUCAGCACUGGCCACUGCUUCGCGGGGCUGCGCGACUCUGGGAAACAAGGGCUCCUCUCAACUGCAAGUGCUUCGUUUGGUUGGCACUCUUCCGACGCUGAUGGACAUCCGAAAGGUUACACCGGCGACAUGGCCUACGCGACGAUGCUACGUGUGCUCCCUGUGCACAAGAGGAUGAAAGCAUUGACCACCUCCUGA